AUACAGAUAGAUAUAUACAUCUCUCUCUGUCCGUAUAUAUUUUAUACUUCGUGAACCCUCGCAGCUCAUAUUUUUUUAUCUCUUUGCAUCUCUACAGUUCAUUCUCUCUCUUCCCCUCUCUCUCUCUCUCUCUCUCAGUAAAUAUCAGUUAACGCGUGGCUUCUCGAAAGCCUCGGAUCUAACUCUGAGCACAAACAAAGAGGAACCCAGAAAGGAUGGUAAGUGCAGUUUGACGCUGGAGCAUUUUAGCAGUGCCUAUCCUUUCGAAGUUCUUGAGCAGAGAUCACGAUCUCUUUCUAUAAUAUAAUGAGAUAACUGGCAGUCAGAAGCACGAUUGAACCCAUAGCUCUGCUCAUUAUCAAGCAAAUAAGAAUUUGAUUAAGACAAGAAGAAGCUUUUUGGGGCUGGAGUGACAUCAGUUCUAACUUGGGAUGAAGGUGGUUUUAAAUUGCUGUGUCUGCAGCUCUCAUAUGAAUAACGGAAUGAUACUGGAAUUUGUAUGGAUAAACAUGUGCAAGAUGUGCAGGUUAUAGGUUUUGGUUAUCUUUUGAAUACUGGAGUUGCUAAUUGAUUUCAUACAGGGCCUUUCUAAAGGUUGGAAUGCAUUGUCUGUUUGCAACUGGGAGUAUAUAAUUACUGAGCUUGGUAAUGUUUGGUCAUUUUUCCAGCUAUGCCGGAAGUGUGAACACCGAGAGGAUAAUGCUAAUCUUUUAUAUUUGAAUAAUUACAAAUGGAAUCCGAGACUUUGACCACAAACCAUAGGUCAAACAUUCUUCAGCGGGUGCUUGCUUCUGCUGUACCUGUGGUUUGGAUUGCUAUCAGCUAUGUAGACCCUGGGAAGUGGGCUGCAACUGUUGAGGGGGGAGCUCGCUUUGGUUUUGAUGUGGUGUCACUCAUGCUUAUAUUUAAUUGUGUCGCAAUUCUGUGUCAGUACCUUUCAGCUCGUAUUGCUGUGGUCACUGGCAGGGAUCUUACUCAGAUAUGCAGUAAGGAAUAUGACAAUAUAACAUGCAUAUUCUUAGGAGUUCAAGCCGAGAUCUCGAUAAUUGCAUUGGACCUCAUGAUGGUUCUGGGCACUGCUUACGGACUUAAUGCUAUCUUUGGAAUUGAUCUAUUUAACUGUGUUUUUUUAACGGGCAUUGAUGCCAUUCUAUUUCCAUUUCUUGCUACUCUCCUUCAGAAUAGCAAGGCGAAGUUCUUAUCCGUAUGCUUGACAAUCUUAAUUCUACUAUCUUAUGUUUUUGGAGUUCUGAUAAGUCAACCGGAAAGCUCAUUUUCCAUGGGUGGGAUGCUUACAAAGUUGAGUGGGGAAAGUGCAUAUGCCUUGAUGAGUCUCCUUGGAGCAAGUAUAAUGCCUCACAAUUUUUACCUCCAUUCUUCUAUUGUACAGCAAGAUCAAGGGCCAGCUACUGUUUCUAUAGGGGCCUUGUGCCAUGACCAUUUUAUUGCCACUCUGUGCAUCUUCAGUGGCAUUUUUCUGGUGAACUGUAUGCUAAUGAACUUGGCAGCUAAUGUGUUCUACAGUACAGGCCUUGUUUUGCUCACUUUUCAGGAUGCAUUGUCAUUGCUGGAUCAGGUUGAGAUAUUUAAGAGUUCAAUAGCUUCAUUUUUCUUGGUUCUGCUAGUGUUUUUCUCUAAUCAAAUAAUGGCACUAACAUGGAGUCGGGGUAGGCAAGUAAUUAUUCACGAUUUCUUUGGAAUGGACAUUCCUGGUUGGCUUCAUCGUGCAACCAUCAGAAUAAUUGCUAUCAUUCCGGCCCUUUAUUGCGUGUGGAAUUCAGGAGCUGAGGGUAUAUAUCAACUCCUGAUCUUUACACAGGUUAUGGUUGCUCUUCUUCUACCAUCUUCUGUUAUUCCUCUAUUUCGCAUUGCUUCAUCCAGAUCAGUUAUGGGUGCUUAUAAGGUUUCUCAGCCGGUUGAGUUUUUUGCUUUAGUUUCGUUUAUUGGGAUGCUGGGGCUAAAGAUUAUUUUUGUCAUAGAGAUGAUGUUCGGCAAUAGUGACUGGGUUAAUAAUUUGAAGUGGAGCAUCGGGGGUAGCUUGCCUAUGUCUUAUCUUAUUCUUCUGGCCACGGCUUGUGUCUUUCUCUGUAUGAUGCUUUGGCUGGCAACUACUCCAUUGAAAUCUGCAAGUCAGGUGCUGAACUGGGAGGUCAAAUUUUCUGUGCCCGAGGCAUCUGCUCAGAAAGAUCAGAUAGAAAUUAGUGAAGCCCAAUAUCAAACAGAAAAGGGUACAGAAAAGCAAGUGCCUGCAGUGUUGGAAAAAUCUUUUGGAAGCCAUCAAAACAUAUCAGUUCCAAGUCCUGGGCUAUCGACUGAAAUGCUGUUGGAUUCUGAAAGUAAUCUUCAUUUGCCCACAAUUGGGAAGAAUAACUCUGAAAUCACAUUAUCAGGUCCUUCUGUGUGCUCUCCUGAGGCGUCUGCCACCACUGGAGAGACAGUUAUGGCUAAACCUAUUUGCAAGGUUCCUGAAGAUGAAUCUAUUGAUGCCAUCACCUUCAACGCUGAAUCAAAGGACACAGUGGAAAAGACAUUGACUACAGAGGCAAGCAACCAGAAUGAGAUGGAUGAUGAAGGAGAACCUUUGGAGCCUGACGAAUCAGCUAAAGAUGUUUCUGAAAGCAUCCAGUCUUUGACAUCUGAAGGUCCAGGAUCAUUUAGAAGUCUUAGUGGAAAAGGUGAUGAUUUGGGAAGUAGUUCUGGAAGUCUAUCAAGAUUAGCAGGAUUAGGCCGCGCUGCAAGGCGCCAACUGACUGCAAUUCUUCUUGAAUUCUGGGGGCAGCUGUUUGAUUUCCAUGGGCAAGCCACUCAAGAAGCCAAGGCUAAGAAACUGGAUGUUUUACUGGGGAUUGAUUCAAAUGUAGAUCCGAAGUCUUCCUUUGCAUCAGUUAAAGGCGAAGGCAUUGCUAGAGAGUCUACUGGAUAUUCUUCAACUAUGGGUGGAAGAGGAUCUGACUUGAGAACAUCUAGUCUUUACAGUUCUCCCCUUCAACAGAUUGGACAUGGUGGUAUGGAGUCCUCUCUUGGGGUUCAGCAGGGGUCACCUAUGCGGUCAUCCCACAUGCAACUAUUUGAUGCAUACGUGCAAAGCUCCAACCACAAUGCACUUGACUCUGGUGAGAGGCGUUAUUAUAGUAUGCACGUUCCAGCAUCUUCUGCUGUCUAUGAUCAACAGCCGGUCACUAUUCAUGGUUAUCAAUUGGCUUCCUAUCUCAGUCAAAUGUCUAAAGAAAAAGAUUCUGGCUAUUUAAAUGCUCAAUUGGAAUCGGCAAACCAGAAGUCCUCACCAUCGGUCAAAUCAAACUAUGUAGAUUCAUUUGCUCGUCCCGUGAAACACAGGCCACAGAGCGGGUUGAGCACUAUCAGGCCACCUGGUUUUCAUAAUGUUCCUGUUUCUCGAAACAGUUCAUUGAAAUCUGAACGUGCAUUUCACGACCUUUCCUCUCCUGAACCUGUGGAUUACACUAAUAGCUCAGUCAAUGUGAAGAAAUAUUACAGUUUACCUAACAGAUCAGGACUUCAUAUCCCUCAGCAAGACUAUUCAGUGUCUGGUAACAGCUCUCAAUGGAAGAAUCAGGUGGGAUAUGAGCAAUCUAUUAGCCGCUUAGCACCUGUGCAAACCUGUUCCAGCACUUCUUCAUGGGCUGGUACGGCUUUGGGAUUUGGUGAACUCUCUCCCUCAGAAGUCCGCAGAGAUGCUUUUUCCUUGCAAUAUGCUUCAAGUUCAGGGGCUGGUUCCUUGUGGUCUAAGCAGCCUUACGAACAAUUUGGUGUGGCUGAUAAAUCUCCUGCCAAAACUCAAGAAUCUGCGACAACGAUUGAUUUGGAAGCAAAGCUCUUGCAGUCUUUCAGAAGUUGCAUUUUAAAGCUUCUGAAGUUGGAAGGAUCUGACUGGUUGUUUAGACAAAAUGAUGGAGCCGAUGAAGACCUUAUAGAUCGAGUGGCUGCAAGGGAGAGAGUCCUGUAUGAAGUUGAAACUAGGGGUUCAGACAGGAAGCCUGGUUCUGGAAUAAAGAUAGACGAAACAGACUACAUGAAGUUGCUGUCGAUUCCUCAUUGUGGUGAUGGAUGUGUUUGGAGAGUAGAUCUUGUUGUAAGCUUCGGGGUAUGGUGCAUUCACAGGAUUCUUGAUCUUUCCCUCAUGGAAAGCAGGCCAGAACUCUGGGGAAAAUAUACAUAUGUACUCAAUUGUCUUCAGGGGAUUAUUGAUCUAGCCUUUUCUAAACCUCGUUCUCCAAUGGCUCCCUGCUUCUGCCUUCAGCUUUCUGUAGACUACCAGCAAAGGUCAAGUCCCCCAAUUUCAAAUGGGAGCUUGCCCCCACCUCCGAAGCCAGGUCGGGGAAAAUUUACUACUGCAGCUUCGCUUUUAGAUGUCAUCAAAGAUGUUGAAACCGCUAUAUCUUGCCGAAAGGGUCGAUCAGGCACUGCAGCUGGUGACGUUGCUUUCCCCAAGGGAAAAAUAAAUUUGGCAUCUGUACUGAACCGCUACAAACGUCGUUUGUCAAAUAAACCAGUUGGAUAUCAGGAGGUCGAGCCUGGGCUGCACAAGGUCCCACAAUCACCUUCCCAGGGCUUGUAACCUUUGUUCUCUGUUUGUAGAAGCCGGGCGUAAAAUGCUAUUUGGGUUGCUUGAUUUUGUGUAACAACUCAUACUUGGCAUCAAGAUGCGCCCGGUUGCUAUGAACUUGCGCUUUCUUGUAUUAAAUCUUUGUUCCUUAUUGAGUUUAUAUGUACUUUUAUCAUAUGUAUACAUAGGAUAUAAUGUGCUGAAUGUAGACCAAAACGAGAGGGGAAAGAGGUGGAAGUAUAUUUAUUGCCAUGGGAGCUUCUUCCUUCACCCUUUCAAUUUUACAGGUCAAAUUGUGAAGCAAUGGAGCAGAGAAUCUAAGAUCGUCAUAUUAACAAGUUA